AUGGCAAUGGAGCCGAAGAAGAAGACGAAGUUGAUUAGUUCCGACAACGAUUCAAAGUGGUCGAUGCUUUCCCCCGACCUGAUUCGAUCGAUCUUAGAACGCUUGAACUUUAUAGACUUUCAUCGAGCUAGGUACAUCUCUUUAAAUUGGUAUUCCUCUUCGGAAUUAUGCAUUAUACAAAAUCCAACUCCAUGGACCAUCCGCUUUUCAAACGACAACCAUGUUUCAUUGUUUGAUCCUCUUCAUGCAAAAACCUAUGUAAUAACAGACCUAGGGUUUGAUUUACCAAGGAGUCGUUGUUUGGCUACUUCUGGUAGCUGGUUGUUGUUGUUAGAUCAUAGAACCGAUUUUUAUCUUUUGAAUCUGUUUACUCGAGAGAGGAUUUGUCUUCCGACUUUGGAAGCAAUCGAUGGAUGGCAGAUGAAGUUUGAGAGGGUUGGUGAGUCUGAUUUCUUGAAGACAUUCACUUAUCGUGAAGGCUAUACAAGUUAUUCUUCUCGUAUAAGCACCAAAAUUAGAAUAGAGAAAGCGGUUUUGUGGGUCGAUGAAAGAAGCCGAGAUUACUUAGUUGUGUGGAACCUUGAGAGCUUCUUUGCGUAUCAUAAGAAAUGA